AUGAACGCAUUGCUGCCUGUACUGCAGAAUGAUUGCGAAAAACUCUGCGGGAAGGUCAUCGAUCACAAACUCUUGUCAUCGGAUGAAAUACAAAAACGGUACGAGUCGUCAGUUCGCGCCUGGGAUACCUACUGUAGCCCGGAACCGUACGACUUCCUCGCUUCUUCCGCGUCCAACGUAACCUACAAGUCAACAUGUGGUUACGAUAUUGCCGCAGCGGUACAGCGUCAACGAAAUUUCAACUAUCAGCGACCUGCUAUCGCGAAAUGCGUCUUUGACCUCUACACAGCUCAGCAGCCACCCGAGAAGCCCGUUCCGUCCUACAAUUUGGUCCUGAACGCUUGUAACUAA